GGGAGGCGGAUUAGCGCAGCGUCGGUGCCCAGUGUCCCUCUUUAGACUACAACAAACACGGGACUGACUGAGAGAAAAGCGUACAGGGAAGAACCCCAUUUGCACCUGCUUGUCCUCCUCGGUCAGUGUCAGCAUCUCUCCGAGCUUCUCUCUCCAUCCAGCACCCCCGGCGUUCAACCAUGUCUGUGUCCGGCUCGCAGACACCAGAGGACGGACUCUACGGCUCCUGGGUUGAGCUGGAGGAGCUGAUCGCAGCCGUGAGCCGUAGGGAGAGUCUGACAGGGCCGGAGGACAGCAUCUCCUCCGCCCUGCAGGGGGAGCUGGAGAGGAUCCUUCUGGAGGCACAGCUCGAGUGUGAGAGGAGUAGAGACAGUUCUCCACAGGUGGGCAGUCCACAGCAGUCUACUGGUUCCCCAAGACCCACUAGUGAGCAGGACAGUGACUGUGUCACCAUACAGGAGGAUGGUGAGCGGCGAGGGGACACUGACUGGGUGUGGGAUUGGUCCAGUAGACCUGAAAAUAUGCCACCAAAGGAGUUUGUGUUUCAGCACCCGAAGCAGCAGGGCUCCCUCAGCGUUAGGAAGACAGAGGUGAUGAAGAGAGGAAUUUUCUCCUCUGAUGUUCUCCUCAUCCUUGGUCCUUCACUGCUGGCUUCACACCUGCUCACACUUGGAGUCGGGAUCUACAUAGGAAAGCGAUUGGCCGCUUCUACAACUAGCACGCUGUGACGUCGGCUGUAUCCCAGUGACCCCAUUCGCUAACAGUCCGGCCAAUAAGGUCACAGUCCGCCCUAUCUACCGCACUAAUUUGCCUCCUUCCUUCUUCGUCACGGGGCAACCUUAGGACCCUACCUGUCUGUACCUCUGUCUCUCUGUUCAUCUGUACAUGUGUCUAACCCACAGCACACUGCCAGUCUGUCUGUCUGUCUGAAAGCCUCUCUGUCAGUCUGUGCGUGUUGUAGGGCCCGGGGAGCAGAUGGAUGCCGACCAAUGAGUCAGACUGAGGUCACUUUUACUCUCCUGGAGAGUAACACUGAUCUCAACCAGCUAAAGCAUAAUCAGAGAGGAGAGAUUGCCCAGAUAAAAGAGAAUGGAGAGAAAGAGAGUUUUACCCAGCUAGAACAAUAAAUCCCUUUGAUAGGAGGAGAUGAAAACGGUUUGUUGGGAACAGUGUGUUUGGACAAAAUGAGAAAGAUAAUAUGUGGUAGCCUUUUGCCCAACCUUUGAAAAAGUAAAAUGUCUGUCAUUUGUCAAAAGUAAUGACCCUCUGUAAGACUGAGCUGCUAAAAGUGGUUCUUGGGGUUUUUCUGCCCUGAUGGUUUAUCUAUGUAGAGAGUUUUAGUUGGCUGAGUGAAUGUAGGAGUGGCUCUGGUUGUGCUUUUUGUCCCUUAAACCAAUUAAAUAUUUGACCUCCGACAAAGACAAUCAUGAUCCCAUUAAACUUCA